CUUCACUAUUAAUCCAAAAGAUGGAACUUGGCCCAUAUCUUACCUUCGAUGGGAUAGAAUAUGAAUGUACUCUCUGUGAGAGGGUUUUUGCUUCCAAAGCCUCCCUCUGCGCACACUGCAGGAACACAUCCCGACACGAGUGGUGUGAGAGGUGCUGUCGAGUAUUUAUUUCAACAGCAUCGAAAGAUGCACAUCUCAAAGCGUCUGGUAGACAUAACGUAUGCUUACGAUGUUCGCCGUCACGAUAUUUCGAAACCCUUGACGAGCUUGAAACCCACUUAACGGAAUAUCAUCACCUUUGUUUAGACUGCAACCUUUACCAUCAGUCCGCUGAGAAACUUCGAGAGCAUGACGUUCACGAGCAUCACUUGUGUGUCAAGUGUGAGAGAUACUUUGCGAACAAGAACAACUUAGAAAUGCAUCAACAGAAACAUCAACCCCGAACUAUAGAAUGCUGCGGUUGCUAUAAGACCUUCAAAUCCUUCUCCGGAGUUUUGAUCCAUCUUGAGUCUGGGGGCUGCUCAUCGAACAUUACCGAGGAUGUAAUCGAUGACUUGGCCCGCGAAUGCUACCAAAGUAGGAAGUAUAUCAAUGAUGAGCUCGAGGAUGGUGGCUGGCUCUAUAAAUGCCCUCACUGUGUGACAGAGUUCUCAAAACUCUCAGCCCUUUAUCAGCAUGCGGAAGACGUUCCAUCUUGCUCAUAUCUUGCCAAUGAGCACGGAUGUUUGGCCAAGUUGGGACAUUUUAUAUCCCGCAAUUUAGAGUAGUAGUUGGGGUAUGGAUUCUCUCAUUUUCGGUUUACUCUUCAUAGCAAGAAUCGACGAGGUUGUCGGGAUUUCAAAAUAGCUUAUGC